AUGGGCAUCUUCAAAAAUCUUAUUGAGCCAGGUGCAAUCGUUGCGAUAUUUACCCUUGGUACCUGGAUUAACCGGUGUGAAAGGUCCCGUGCAACGGGGGACCCCCGUACGCCUCUAUUCAAAGAUGAUUCGGAAGAUGAGAAUACUGGCGAGAAUGGAUACGGUGCCAUUGAGGAGCAACCUUGCAGGCCGCGACGGGUGGUUCAUUCUCGAGUGUUGAGGAAAUUCCCUUUUUUACUGGAGAUAUUUUAUUGGCUAUUGAUCUACUGGGUAUAUCAAGGUGCUAGAGCUAUCUCUGCGCGACUGAUCGUUGAAAACGAAAGUGUCUUCCAAAAGGCCGAACACCAUGCGAUUCAGAUUCUGUCCUUUGAACGCCACCUUGACGUCGAUAUCGAACUCUCCGUCCAACAAUUCGCUCUCAAUAAAGCCCCAUGGUUAAUGGAUUACCUUGCCCACGUCUACCAUUCCCACAUCGUCAUCGGAGUCGUAUUUUACGUCUACUGCUAUACUUUCAUGUCACGAAAUCAAUACCAGAGAAUCAGACGCGCACUGGCUCUGGAGAAUGUCAUCGCCUUCGUAAUCAUCUCACUUUGGCGAUGUUCACCUCCGCGUCUCCUCCCUGAAGAGUAUGGCUUUAUCGACGUGCUGCACAAAGACAAUUCCGGUUCCGCAUGGACGCAUAACAAGUUCCAGCUGACGAUUGCUGCGAUGCCCUCAUUGCACUUGGGCAACUCCGUGCUGAUUGCGUUUUGCCUGCUGAACUACAGCCCUCACGUGCUCCUCCGAAUCGUGGCUCCGCUCUGGCCGAUGAUUAUGGAAUUGACGGUUGUCGCGACCGCGAAUCAUUUCGUUCUCGAUACCAUUGUCGGCGUGGCGGUUAUUGCGACCGCAUAUCGUUUCAACCGGAUGAUGUUGGGUUUGCUGCCGCUCGAGAGGGUGAUGUUCAGGGCUAUUCGACUAGAGAAACCUGGGGAGAGCUAA